AUGUCUUCGGCGGCGGAAAAAAAACAUGCACCGCUCGUGGAUGUGGUGGCAGGAGGACUGGGUUCGGCAGCCGCUAAAUCCUUGCUUGCCCCGUUUCAACGUAUCGUCAUACUUCAGCAGCUGGGAGAACAUAGGAAUCUCAAUACAUUUCAACUCGUCAGUCACAUCAAAAGAAAUGAAGGGUGGAGGGGCUUUUGGAGGGGGAAUUUAACAUCGAUGAUUAUUCGGGUGCCGUACUCUGGUAUGCAGUUUGUCACAUAUAGCAGGUUGAAGUUCCUUUUCCAAGACCUCUCUGAAAGAUAUGUGCGGCCACCCAAAGGGGAUGACGGAGACAUUCGGAACGCGAGCAGGCACGUGGAGACCGCCGAGUUGUUUCUAAUGAAGUGUGGUGCGGGGGGUAUAUCUGCUACUAUCGCGGGAGUUGCCGUGUACCCAGGCGAGGUGGUUCGCCUGCGCCUUAUGUCAGGAGAGAAGCAAUUCAAAAGUAUCAUGGGUACGAUACGCAUCAUUCACGCCGAGACGAACUCCAUGAAGAACUUUUACCGUGGGCUCGGGGCAUCCCUGCUGCAGCGAGUGCCGGACAUUCUUAUCAACUUUGCUACUUACGAAACGAUCAAGUAUAAGCUGAUGGAGAAAGAUUUCCUUAAAGAUCAUCCAUCUUAUAAGAAUGCUAUAUCCACAACCAUUGGCGGGGCGACAGCUGCCGUGGCGUCUAUUGCAGUCUGUUUCCCCCUCGACGUGGCAAAGCGGCGGAUUGGCAUGUCUGGUCAAGGAAAGAGUGGAAUUGUGCACCGGGGCGUUCGCGAAUGUUUGUGGCAUGUAUACCGCUACGAGGGCAUCCGAGGGUUAUACGGUGGGGCGAGCGUAGAGAUAAUGCGCUGUGUCCCGCAGGUGGUGCUCAUGUGGUUCUUCAUAGAGGCAACGCAGAAGUUUCUCACAAAUUACGGGUUCGGUAGCGACGCGCAGCCGUGA